GCCUUUUUUUGUUCGGGUGUCUACUAUCUGCAAUAAUUAAACUGUCACCGAAAUCACUGCUUUCAAAACUGUGGCAACCUGGCUGAACUAACGAAACGAUGGCAACCCCGCAUGCGAAAGAAGAAAAGAAAGCGGACAUAGCAAGUGCACUUAAUCGUGCGACAGAAUAUCUUCUUAGCAAUCGACUCGCCGGCGAAUACAGACUUAAUUACUUUUUCAUCUACAUUUAAAAUAGAAACAAGUUCCUUGUAAAGAUUAAUAUUUAGAUAUUAAAUAAUACCGAAGUAUUAUAUGCGAAUUUGAUUCGUGUUUAAAUAAAUCGAAAAAAACACUUUGACUCAUUAAAUCCCACAAGUGGUGACCCCGUAGUAAAGACGGAGAUAGUGAGUAAAAGACGUGCAUCAAAUCACCGUGCUAAGGCGUGCAGAGCAAACUUGCGCGUUAAUAGCUGGGGAAAAAUAAUCUCGCUUUGAUUUGAAGCGCCUCGAAAAUUCAGAGCAAAACCUGCAUAACCAGCUCACCGAAAGCGUAAGUAUAGUUCAGGUGUCACGCCACCGAAAAUUCGUCGACUAUACACAAGCCGGCAAUCAUAACGGCUCACGAAGUAACGGGCCACCGUAAUACCAACGUGACCCGGCAACAUGAGCUUGAAUAAUAGCACGGAAAAGCUCGCAAAAGACGACACUAACGCUGCCGCGAACGACAGCGGAAACGUCAACGCAGGCGUCGACAGCGACAGACCGCAAAUCAAUGCGGUAUUCGGAAAAUUACCGUUUCCAAAACUCAACUCAAGUACAAUAUCGAAUCAUGGUUCAUAAAGGUGGACGCAUGGUUCGAACUGCAUGGUUUUGGUAUACGUAAAGAAAAAGAUAAGUAUACCGCUAUUGUUGCACAUGCUGACGACUACAUACUAGACCAGGUUUUCGAUCUGGUGCGCCGCCCACCAACCACGGCACCAUACACCACGUUAAAAAUGGCCAUCAUUGAAAAAUUCAGCGAUUCAGCAAUGGGCUGGUUCGACAAACUUACGGGAAUCCAGUUGGGCGACGGCAAGCCAAGCCACUUGCUCAGCCAAAUGCAACGAACAAACGCCACGAAAGACGAGUCCGUCAUACAACAGUACUGGCUCAAACAAUUGCCGGAAGCUGCUCGCGACGUUAUCGCCGGUAUGCUUCAGGCGCAGCCAAGUACGCCACUACUUCAACUCGCCAUCACUGCCGAUGCGGUCCUCGACGCACUAAGUCGCGACUCAAAUGCAACAGCACCAACCAGGGGGCCAUCCGUCAACGCUAUCGAAACACCUACCAAUCGACUCACUGUGCUUGAAAAACGAAGCGAAAAGCAAGACUCCGUUCUCGAAAAUAUCAACAGCAAGUUGAGCCAGCUCAUGUCCCGAAAACGCAGCCGACAAUGCGAACGUCGUCUGGUGAAUGCUAAACGCGCGCACACACCACAUCGCAGCUCCAACGCAGAACAAUCACCGACCUGCUGGUAUCACCGGGAAUAUGGUACUCAGGCUCGAAAAUGCCGAAGUCCAUGCGAUUUUCCCAUAAAAAAGACAGACCCAACAAAAAACUAAACACUGCCGUAACGACUAAGCUCGACAGUUCCGGCAGCACACCAUCAUCGAGCAACCAAUCCCAAUGCGAACUCGAGGUAAAAUUUUCUGAGUUUCCUAAAUCCAAACGUUUUCUUUAAACUAGAUCGAAUGUCAUAUCAACUAUUUGGUGACAGGUAAUAAGAUCAACGGAAAUAAG